GCGCGCGGGAAAGAGACCGAUAUAAACUGAGGCGGGAGACUGGUUUUCGGGUCCUUGUCCAGCGGAACUCCCGCGGCGGGAAGGUCGGUUCGUAGCUUUCGUCUCCUCAGGUCAGACAUGGUGCGAACUAAAGCGGAUAGUGUGCCAAGCACCUACAGAAAAGUGGUGGCUUCUCGGGCCCCCAGGAAGGUGCUGGGUUCUUCCAACUCUGCCACUAAUUCUGCAUCGCCCUCAUCGAGGAAAGCUGAAAAUAAGUAUGCAGGAGGGAAUCCAGUUUGUGUGCGCCCAACUCCCAAAUGGCAAAAAGGAAUUGGAGAAUUCUUCAGGCUGUCCCCUAAAGAUUCUGAAAAAGAGAAUCGGAUUCCUGAAGAGGCUGGAACCAGUGGCCUAGGAAAGGCAAAGAGAAAACCACGUCCUUUGCAACCCGAUGACACAGAUGACGAAAACGAAUAGAACUUCCUUAUUCAUCUUUGAAUAAUGUCUCCGGUUUAUUCUGGUAUUCUAGGGUGUAAAUUUGCAUAGAUGUUUUUGUUCCAAUUAUCUUUGUUGAAUAAGCAUUUAAUUUAAAAAAUGAGGCUAAAAUUUAGUUGUUCAAAAGCAAAUAGUUCUGAAAUUGGAGAAUCUGUAAGGUUAUCUUAGCUUAAUAGUCAAUAGAAUGCAGUAUUUUGUUCCUCCUGUUAUUAAGCUUAUUGUUUUUAAAAAAAUCAAAUCAUUGCACAAUGUUCAAAUUACUAAUCUGCUAUAUUUGAGAUUUGCUUAGAUCUUUGUACCGAGCCAUUUUUAUUGCCAUUUGAUUACUGGGAUGGUGCCAUAUCUUAUUCCUUUUAUUUGCUUAAAAAGUGGAGUUAGAUUUUUGCACAUUUAAAAAAAUUCAGUAUUAAUUAAACCUGAUCUCUACCUUUUUUCAGAAAGGAUGCCAAAGAUGCAAUGUUGAAAAAUUUGGAUGGAUAUCUUCUCCCUAGAAAAAUUUAAGGACAGUCUGUUUUUGACAGUUUAAACGGUUGGUCAUCAAAGCUCUUAUUACAAUAUCAAGAUAAAAUACUAGACUAGAAUCAGGAGGAAGAUUCCACAGAUUGCACUAAUAGGGAGGAAUUCUUGCAGUACAUACAUUUUACUCAAUAUCAUAAAAUGAUAUACUUUAGGCCUAUACUUUUAAAGUUGGAAAUUAAUAAAACAUGAAAAGCAAAUCAUUCCAUACCCAGAAUUUUGUAUCUCUAAAGUCCUUCAGAAAUACUGUUUUUCAAGAUAACCAGUCAUAUAAUUGAAGAGGUGGGUAUAAUAUUACUUGGUAACUGAUAUUCUUGCUUCCUCAUCACAUAUUCUGCUUCCUGACAGUCUGUUGUCAAAACUAAUUGUGUUUUAACAGGCAUGUUUUUCCUGAAAUUUGUUUAAUAAAUAAUGCUUACUUCCAGA